AUGGUUGCCGGGUCGUACGGGUACGAGUUCGCCGUGCGCGGCCACCGCACCAUGGUGGUGUCGCCGAGGUACGGCGAUUACAAGGACAUGGAGUACGUCGGCUUCGCCAAGGUCUGGCUGGACGGUCGAGAGCACGAGGUGAAGUACUUUCACCAGCGCCAGGAGUACUCCAACGGCCGCGGCGCGGACUACGUCUUCGUGGAGCACGACUGCUACAAGCGCCCCGCCGGCCUGUACUGGGACCCGGCCGCCGGAAAGGAGUACGGAGACAAUCUGUUCCGCUUCGCGCUCCUGUCCGUCGCCGCGAUGGAGGCCCCCCUCAUCCUGAACCUGAACGGCUCCGUCUACGGCCAGGACGUGGUCUUCUUCGCGAACGACUGGCAGGCAGGGCUCGUUCCAGUCUACCUGACGUACAAGUACCGGCGGCACAACACAUAUAAGAAUUCGCGUUGUAUCAUGAUGCUUCACAACAUGGGCUACCAGGGGAAGUACCGCGCGAGCAAGUUCCCCGUGGACUCGCACCUGGGCCUGCCGCUGGAGGCCAUGCAGGAGCUGCAGGGCGAGGACCUGAACAUGGGCGACGACUGCAUCAACCUGCUCGCGGCGGGCAUCAAGCUCGCCGAUCGGGUGCUCACCGUGUCCCCCAACUACGCUCACGAGAUCCAGACGCCGGAGGGCGGCCAGGGCUGCCACGACAUCCUUAAGGCCAAGGGGCACGCGAUGCGGCUGGGCGGCAUCCUCAACGGGAUUUCCGACGAAGGAAUCCCUCCACCGACCCGCACAUCCUCGUGA